AUAAGCGGAGCGUCCUGGGGUUUGAAAACUAGUAUGGAGGCAGCGGUGGCUGAGGUUCCCCGGGAUUGCAGGGACUCCAUGGAGAAGCGGCUCUUUGGUGUCCCGGGCUACUGAGCUCUCGCCGCCUGCGUUCCCGGAGCGCGGCCGUAAGACCAUGCUGGCCUCGCGCGUGGUGCGCGGCUCCUGGGGGGCCCUCCGCAGCGCCGCAUGGGCGCCGGGGGCGCGGCCGGGCAAGGGGCGCACCCGAGGGGCCCUUCUGCCGCCCGCGCCCUGCUGGUUGGGCUGCCUCGCGGAGCGCUGGUGGCUGCGCCCGGCCGCGCUCGGCCUGCGGCUGCGUGGCCUCGGCCCGCGGAACCACUGCUCGGGCGCGGGCAAGGCGGCCCCCCGGCCAGCUGCUGGAGGGGGCGCCGCCGCCGAGGCCCCGGGCGGCCAGUGGGGCCCGGCGAGUGCAGCCAGCCUGUAUGAAAACCCAUGGACAAUCCCAAAUAUGUUGUCAAUGACAAGAAUUGGCUUGGCCCCAGUUCUGGGCUAUUUGAUUAUUGAAGAAGAUUUUAAUAUUGCACUAGGAGUUUUUGCUUUAGCUGGGCUAACUGAUUUGUUGGAUGGAUUUAUUGCUCGAAACUGGGCCAGUCAAAAAUCAGCUUUGGGAAGUGCUCUUGAUCCACUUGCUGAUAAAAUACUUAUCAGUAUCUUAUAUGUUAGCUUGACCUAUGCAGAUCUUAUUCCAGUUCCACUUACUUAUAUGAUAAUUUCAAGAGAUGUAAUGUUGAUUGCUGCUGUUUUUUAUGUCAGAUAUAGAACUCUUCCAACACCGCGAACACUUGCUAAGUAUUUCAACCCUUGCUAUGCUACUGCUAGGUUAAAACCAACAUUCAUCAGCAAGGUAAACACAGCAGUCCAGUUAAUCUUGGUGGCAGCUUCUUUGGCAGCUCCAGUUUUCAAUUAUGCUGACAGCAUUUAUCUUCAGAUGCUGUGGUGUCUUACAGCUUUCACCACAGCUGCAUCAGCUUAUAGUUAUUAUCAUUAUGGUCGGAAAACUGUUCAGGUGAUAAAAGGCUGAUGAAAGUCAUCCAUCACCAUUAGCAAGGAAGCAGCAUACGUCAUCGGCAGCAGGGCCCGUGGAAAUCUACAGGAGUUUCCCAAUUUUGGUGUUCAGCUUGGAAAAGGACUUGUCAGAACAAACCAUGUCAUCGAAAUUUAAGUAAUGUGCAUUGAAAAUAAGCUUGAUCAUGUGAUCAUGGGCAUAUGCAGAAUUUUCAAUGUAUUUUUAAAUACAAAUAAAACUAUAAUUUAGAAUUUUUAA